AUGUCGUCUUCUCUGUUUUCGCUAACGCCAUGGACUCCUUCUACACUUCCUACGAAAACGGUAUUCAGUACCGUCAAUCCAACUCAAACUAGUGGCCUUGACAGUCUCAUUUCCAAUGCCAUUGUAAGUGCCGCCACAGAGACUUUCGUCGGGAACCUCAUCUCACUUCAGCAAGUCGUUCAAGGAGCUCAGGCUUCUAUGAGUAUCGCUAGCGCGGCACAAGUGACCGCCACGGCAACCGAUCAAACCGUGAUUGAAGCCGCAAAUCAAGUUAUUUUCAACUCAUCCUUGUAUCUUCAAUACAAAUAUAAUGAAGAUAAUAUUUAUAAAUAUGACCUUAUUUGGGCUCCCAAUAUCAUCUACACGAUUCUUUUCGGAGUUGCCUUCUUUUUCAUGGUUGGUAUGCUUUGGAAAUCAAGAUAUCAUUGGUUUAAUAUUUGCUUUGUUUGUGGUAUAGGUUUAGAAUUUUGUGGGUUUGUCAUGAGAUUGGUUUCGGUGACUGAUCCUAUUAGUGAUAAGCCAUAUAUUGGCCAGAUGGUUACUUUAACCAUUGCACCUGCGUUCAUUAUGGGAGGGAUAUAUUUCCUAUUUGCUCAACUUGUGGUUAUUCAUGGAAGACAAUAUUCAAUUCUUAAACCAAUGUGGUACUCAUAUAUAUUUAUUGCAAGUGAUAUUUUGUCACUUCUCAUUCAAGCUGCUGGGGGUGGGGCUGCUAGUGCAGCCAGUACUGCCCAUAAAGAUCCCCAAACAGGGGUUGAUAUGAUGAUUGCAGGGAUUUGUUUCCAAGUGUUUUCAAUGACUGUGUUUGUUUAUUUCUUGAUUCAACUCCUUUAUCGUCUUUAUUUUAAACAUUCAAAGGAGUUAAACUCAGAAAAUGGACAUCCAUUAAGUAAACCUUCAAUCCUGAACUUUAUAAAACUUUGUUUAAAUUUCCCUUCAACAAGAGAAUAUAGAAUGACAAAAUUAGAAGGUUUUUAUAAUCCAAAAUAUUCAAAAAUUAGAUUUAGAAAACUUUAUGCUUGGUAUCCUGGAGUUUUAAGUGUUUCUGUUGUUUUGAUUUAUAUCCGUUGUAUUUACAGAGUGGUUGAACUUGUUCAAGGUUUUAGAGGAUGGUUGAUCACCAGAGAAUGGCCAUUGAUGGUUCUUGAUGCAUCUAUGAUGGUCACAGUAGCCUUGUUAUUUAUUCCAUUCCAUCCAGUUUUCGUCUUGGGUACAGAAGAAAUUAUUAGAGUCUCAACCAUCAAGCAAAACGCUGAUGAACUUGUUCAUAACCCAUCUGAAGGAGAAGUUGAAGAUGAAUAUUCUAUGGAAAAUAGAUCUACUGGAGAAGAAGAAAAAUCUGAAGAUAAGAACAAUACAAAGCUAUUUCAAGUUUAA